AACACCCACUACCCCCACAUCCCGCCCUCCCACGCGCAGUCCCUUCCUACAUACGUUGUGAAAUGCCGAGAGCGCUAACGUCGCUUCAGCCUCCUGUCUCGCGGGACUGCCCUACUGGCUUCUCGCGAGAAGGAAAGGAGGCGGCUGCCACGGAGAUGGAGCCACCGCAGCGCGUGCCUACCGGUCUCCCCGCGAUACUGGCGCAGACAGACUGGUCUGAACCAUGGCUAUUGGGACUUGCAGUUUUCCACAUCCUCUGCUUCCUGAUCACUUGCUUUUCAUUCCAGCGCUACCACCUGCAGAUAGGGCAUUUUCUCUGCUUGGUGGCCUUGGUGUAUUGUGCUGAAUAUAUCAAUGAACUGGCUGCUAUGAAUUGGAGGUUAUUUUCUAAAUACCAAUAUUUCGAUUCAAGAGGGAUGUUUAUUUCCCUAGUAUUUUCAGCUCCAUUGCUGUUGAAUGCUAUAAUAAUAGUGAUUACCUGGGUUUAUAAAACAUUGAAUGUAAUGACUGAAUUGAAGACACUACAGCAAAAAAGAAGAGCAGAAAAAGAAAAGAAAAAGUGAAUAUUAAUUGAUUUAUUUUUAAUAACACUGUGCUGAUCUUGCAAGCUGAUCAGUGGGGACAGUUCUCUGCACCUUUGUGGAGCUGAACCAAAAUCAGUGAAGCUUGUGCAGUCCCAAGAGUCCACCCACACAGAUCACCUUAUAAGGGCUUGGCCCUUCAGCAUCAGGGACAUGUCUCACUUUGUCUUGUACAGCAAGACAACAGUGUUGGAGCAUAAUAAAUAACAGACUGCAGUACUUAACAGAAUAAUGCACAUACCAAUACACAAUCUUUAAAAAGUAAAAAUGGCAGUUUUAGCAUUGAGGAAGCUGGAUAUCACCAUAAUGCUACAAUUGUUUGCAUACGUUUAAGUGGAUAGAAGCUGGAUGUUUUCUUUGUUAAAAAUCAGUUAAUACAAAAGCACAGUGGCUUCUUUUCCCCAGAGUAUGGAUAUGUGCACAUUCAAAGAGAAUAGGUGCCAAAUCAAUAAAGUAAGUAUUUUUUUAAAAAUUGGAGUCUUAGCUUUGUUCAGCUCCAGAAAACUCUCAAAAUACGCUUCAGAACGCUAAGUAUAAUUGAAGCAGCACAUGGUUUUAAGCCUUCUCUGUUAAAAGGUCUCUUAAAGAUAAAUAGCAAUACAUUUAAGAAAAAUAAUAUAGUUGUAUAAAUUAGUGACUACAAACUGAGCCAAAUGUGAUUUCCAAAUGAAGUAAAAUGUAAAUAACAAAAGUAUUCCUGCAUUUUUUCCCCCCAUGGGAUUAUCAAGCCUUACUUAUGUUGAUUACUUUUCCUUUAGAUAACCUUUUCGUGUAACAUUAUGAAGGAAAUUUUAAGUUUUAGAGUGAGGGAAAUACAUACAAGAACAAUAAAAAAUGUUUUUCAAAUUAUAAAAAAAAAUGAAAUGUGUAUUUAACCAUAAGAGCAUUCCUCAGAGAAUUAAAUGGAAGGUGAUGAUUGUGUUGGUUAUAAUAGGAAUGGAUUUAUGAUGUGAUAGAACAAUAAAUGUAAUCUAAAAGC